AGCCAGUCGGCUGGCGUAGGGAGCCGGGGAGGCCAGAGGGUGAGACGCUGAACGCCGCACCCGGCCUCGGGGCCCGCGGCGGGCGCCUCCUCUCGGCCCCGCACGGCCCCCCUCCCGGCGCAGGGGCAGGCCGGGGCGGGGGGCCCCGGAGCAGAGGCUGCCUCGGCCCCCGUCGGGGAGACAGGGGGAGGCCAGGACGGAGCGAUGCUGGGCGACGGCGGAAGCGGCCCCGGUCGGGGCCCGUGACCAUGGGCAUCGCCGAGUCCACGCUGGACGAACUGCCGUCGGACGCCGAGGAGCAGCUGCGCCACGGCGAGCAGCAGCUAGAGCUGAGCGGGAAGCGGCUGCGUCGGCUUCCCAGCGCCGUGUGCGCGCUGAGCCGCCUGGAGAAACUGUACGUGAGCGGCACGGGUCUGCGCGAGCUGCCGGAGGAGAUCGAGGAGCUGCGCGAGUUGCGCAUCCUGGCGCUUGACUUCAACAAGCUCGAGUGCCUGCCCGAUGGCCUGUGUCGCCUGCCGCGCCUCACGCGCCUCUACCUGGGUGGCAACCGGCUUCUGGAGCUGCCCAACGACUUCGCGCAGCUGCAGAGCCUGCGCUGCCUGUGGAUCGAGGGCAACUUCCUGCGGCGCUUCCCGCGGCCGCUGCUGCGCUUGGUGGCGCUACAGUCGCUGCAGAUGGGUGACAACCGGUUGCGCUCGCUGCCCGCAGAACUGCCGAGCAUGACUGGCCUGCGCGGCCUCUGGCUCUACGGCAACCGCUUCGAGGUGUUCCCGCCCGCGCUGCUGCGCAUGGGCCGCCUGCACAUCCUUGACAUGGACCGCAACCGCCUGGGUGGUUUCCCCGACCUGCACCCGCUGCGCGCUCUGCGAGUCUUCUCCUACGACCACAACCCUGUUACUGGGCCCCCGCGCGUCGCCGACACCGUCUUCCUUGUAGGCGAGGGCGCCGUCGAACGCAUGGCGGAGCGCGACGAGCCCAUACCCCGGCGGCCACCCCGACGCCCAGCGCGGGCCUUUGAGGAUGAGGAGGAAGAAGACCUGCUCAUAGGAGGCGGUGGCUGCCGGGCUCUGGCGCCCCGGGAGGGCAGCCCCGGCGCCCUGGAAGCCUCUCCAGGACAAGGCACCUGAGCCUGUGCUCUGGAUGACGAACUUCAGCCACUCGGGGAAGGUCUGCGGAAGUGGUGGGCAGAAGAGGGGUCGCUUUGGGGGGCGGUUGCUGGGACAAGGCAAGCCUGGGACGGUCUUCAGACAUUCCUGGGUAGUGAGGAGACUGCCCCCUGACCUGUCCCUGGGCAGGUGUCAGACCAAGAAGCACGGGCCCCAGGGCCCCCUCCAGUCCCCCGUAGCUCUGCUUGUGCGGGACAGCGCCACAGGCAGCACAACAGAGGUCCAGCUUCCUCCCGGAACCAGGGUAACCGCCGUCUGCGGGAUCAUCACCUCGGCUGAGCCUGGACGCCCAGGGGGCCCACCAGCCUUCCCCCUCCUGGAGUCUGAGUCUCCUGGAGCCACCCUCUCUGGGGCAGGAGCUCCACCUCUGCGCGGCCCACAUGCCUGCCUGCGUGAGGCCGGACUUCACCUGGAGGAGGGCCUGGCCCCGGGGGGCCGGGGCCUGGAGGGGCCAGUGCCCAGGACAGAAGUGAGAAACCGGGGCUGGGGCCCCUGACACUGUAGCUGCCCUCACCUCUCUUCCGGGGCUCAUUGAGCAUACCUCCCUCCCCAGCCACCCUCCCCCUAAACCUGCAUGGGGAACGAGGGGGCGCUCAGGAGGCAGGGUCUCCACCCCUGCCUUCUAUUCAGUUCUCUCCCAGCUUGCGCCUGGAAUCUCGCUGGGAAAAAAAGCUCUGCCUCCCUCCCCCCAGCCCGAGCCUUCCAGCUGUCAGUUUUGAAAAGAAGCCACUGUGCCUCCAGGCCUCCUGCACCGGGGAGUGUGGCUCUGCUCUGGGAAGCUGCCUAGCGCCUCUCCCACUGCCUGCACUCUCCAUUCCCUUAAAUGGGCACAGCCAGGGUGGCUGGCACGGCGUGGGGCAUGGGACGAGUGCCGUGUGCCUCCACUCCAGCCACCAGGGACAGCCUCCGGUGGGUGAGGAGGGCUGCCUCACUGUGCAGUUCCCAGGGCCAGACCUUUCCCAUCCAAGCAAUAACGGGAGGAGGGAGCCAGGGCCGGGGACACUCAGGGACAUUGUUGGGGGCAGGGGCCCCCCAGGGUAGUGUUUUCUUUAGGAAGAAAAAAAAA